AUGAAUGUGAAAGUGUACCUGUACGUGUUCUUUUACCUGUACGUGUUCCUGUUAAUGUACCUGUACGUGUACCUGUACCUGUUCGUGAAUGUGAACGUGUACCUGUACGUGUACAUGUACGUGUAUCUGUUCAUGAAUGUGAACGUGUACCUGUACGUGUACAUGUACGUGUACCUGUACGUGUACUUGUACCUGUACGUGUACAUGUACGUGUACCUGUACGUGUACUUGUACCUGUACGUGUACAUGUACCUGUACGUGUACAUGUACGUGUACCUGUACGUGUACUUGUACCUGUACGUGUACCUGUACCUGUACGUGUUCGUGUACGUGAAUGUGAAAGUGUACCUGUACGUGUUCGUGUACCUGUUCGGAAUUGUACCUGUACGUGUUCGUGUACCUUGUACCUGUACCUUGUUCGUGUACCUGUACGUGUUCGUGUACCUGUACGUGUUCGUGUACCUGUACGUGUUCGUGUACCUGUACGUGAAUGUGAACCUCUACUUGUACGUGAUUGUGUACGUGUUUGUGUACGUGUUUGUGAAUGUGAACCAGUACUUGUUAGUGUACCUGUACCUGUACGUGUUCAUGAAUGUGAACGUGUACCUGUAUGUCUUCCUGUUCAUGUAA